AUGGUUGUUGAUACCACCUAUUACGACGCCCUGGGGGUUCCCCCCACUGCCACCGAGCUUGAGAUCAAGAAGGCAUAUCGAAAGCUUGCCAUCGUCACUCACCCAGAUAAGAAUCCCGGUGAUGAGACCGCACAUGAACGUUUUCAAGCGAUUGGAGAAGCCUAUCAAGUCCUUAGUAAUUCCGAUCUCCGCAAGCGUUAUGAUACCCACGGCAAAGAGCAGGCUGUCCCAGACCAAGGUUUUGAGGAUCCGAAUGAAUUCUUUGGUAUGAUCUUCGGCGGUGACGCAUUCUACGACCUCAUCGGCGAAAUUUCCCUUCUGCAGGACCUUACUACUCGAAUGGAAAUCACGACGGAGGAGGCCGAAGAAGAUCUCGCCGCAUCCACAGAAGAAAAACUUAAUAUCAACGAGCAAGAAGGGAAGCCUGCGGGUGAGCCUGCGGGUGAGUCUGCAGGUGAAAGCGCUGGGGCUGGGGCAGCCGGCACCACCGCUGCUGGUACUGCUGGUACUGCACCGGCGACUUCUUUCUCGCCGCCUCCCUCUGGUACAAGUACUCCACGCCCUCGCCUAGGCCAACAGGUAAUUACGGAUAAGUCAGACGAGGAGAUCCGUAUGCAAUCUGCCGGAGUGUCAGAAGAGGAACGUGAGCUACGGAAGAAGGAGAAGAAGAAGGGCGGUCUUACGCGUGAGCAAGCGGAGAAGCUUCAAGCUUUCGAGUUCGAACGACAGAAAGCUCGUGAUGAACGAGUUGAGAUGUUGGCGACGAAACUCAUUGACAAGAUUAGUGUGUGGACAGAAACCGACAAGGGCACCGAUGUUACCCGCGCUUUUGAAGAGAAGAUUCGCGUUGAGGUGGAGAAUUUGAAGAUCCAGUCUUUCGGUAUCGAGAUCCUCCACGCUAUCGGUGCUACCUACGUUUCAAAGGCUACUUCUUUCCUAAAGUCGCAGAAGUUCCUUGGCAUUUCCGGCUUCUUCUCCAGACUCAAGGAUAAGGGUACGCUUGCAAAGGAAGCCUGGACAACCAUCUCCACCGUGAUCGACGCCCAGUUGACAAUGGAGGAGAUGGCUAAACUGGAAGAGAAGGGCGGAGAGACAUGGACAGAUGAGAUGCGGGCAGAAUAUUCCGUGAAGGUUACAGGAAAGCUGCUCGCAGCUGCCUGGCGCGGUAGCAAGCUUGAAAUCCAAGGCGUUCUCCGCGAUGUCUGCGAUAAAGUCCUGGGUGACAAGCGGAUCAAACUGGAGAAGCGUGUUGAGCGGGCUCAAGCUAUGAUCAUUGCUGGCAACAUCUAUUCUAAGGCCGAGCGUGACCCAGAGGAGGAAGGAGAUUACAUGGCCUUCGAGCAGCUUAUGGCCGAUGCCAUGGCGAAGAAGGGCAAGGAUGAGAAGAAGAAGAAGAAGAAGCACAGUCACGACCACGAGGCUGAGGCUGAGGCAUCUUCAACCACCAGCCCGAAGGCCGAGGCGUAA